UGAGACCUGACUGGGAACACCAGAGUAGAGAGAGAGAGAGUGUGUCUGUGUGCAUGUGUGUGUGCGUUGUGCGUGUGAGAAAGUCACAUAACAAUAAUACUAUAAUUUCGAAAUUAAAAAAAAUAUUUAAAAAAAAUAAAAUUAAGAGAGUGAGAGAAGGAAGAAGAAGAACAAUAACAAGUUGAGGUAGUCGAAGCAUGAAACUCCGCUCCGUCACGAAAUCACCAACAACAAAUCCAAAACCCAUCUCUGAGCUUCUUCAUCUUCAUCAUCACAUUCCACUCAGUUCUCGACACGAACACAACUACUGAUCUUCUUCUUCUUCAAUGGGUAACUGUGGCACUAGAGAGGAAUCUGCUGCUGCUGCUGUUGUUUCCCAUGCUCAUCAUCAAGUUCAACAGCUCCACAUGCUAUCAAUGCCCGGUAGAAAUGGUUCUCUGGAGAAGAAGCACAGUCGUUCUGUUUCAGAUCUAAGUGAACCUUCCACGCCGCGAAUUGUUGAGGAGGAUUCUAGGAAGAACGCAGUCCUCUACACCCAUGUCAUCGCUUUUACGCUGUUUGAGCUCGAGACCAUUACCAAGAGCUUUCGCUCCGACUACAUUCUUGGUGAAGGCGGUUUUGGAACUGUCUAUAAGGGUUACAUUGAUGAGAAUGUGAGGGUUGGCCUCAAAUCUCUACCUGUUGCUGUGAAGGUCCUCAACAAGGAUGGCCUUCAGGGCCACAGAGAGUGGCUUACUGAGGUUAACUUCCUUGGGCAGCUCAGGCAUCCUAAUUUGGUGAAGUUGAUUGGAUAUUGCUGUGAGGAUGAUCAUAGAUUACUUGUUUAUGAGUUCAUGUUCAGAGGAAGCCUCGAAAAUCAUCUGUUCCGAAAGGCAACUGUUCCAUUAUCUUGGGCUACGAGAAUGAUGAUUGCUCUUGGAGCUGCAAAAGGGCUUGCUUUCCUUCACAAUGCUGAAAGGCCUGUUAUCUAUCGAGACUUCAAGACAUCUAAUAUAUUAUUGGACUCUGAUUAUACAGCCAAGCUUUCUGAUUUUGGGCUUGCAAAAGCUGGGCCACAAGGUGAUGAGACCCAUGUAUCCACUCGGGUAAUGGGUACCUAUGGUUAUGCUGCUCCUGAAUAUGUAAUGACUGGACACCUAACCGCCAGGAGUGAUGUGUACAGCUUUGGAGUCGUUCUUCUAGAGCUGUUGACGGGAAGGAAAUCCGUUGACAAGACAAGGCCAAGCAGGGAACAAAGCUUGGUGGAUUGGGCUCGGCCAAAACUGAACGACAAGAGAAAAUUAUUACAAAUAAUAGAUCCCAGAUUAGAGAACCAGUACUCGGUAAGGGCAGCUCAAAAAGCGUGCAGCUUGGCAUACUACUGCCUAAGCCAAAACCCGAAAGCAAGGCCCUUGAUGAGUGAUGUGGUUGAAACUUUAGAGCCUCUGCAAAGCGCUAGUGUUGGUGCAAAUGCAAAUGUAGUUUCACUAUCAUCAUCGUCAACUCUUGGUGCUACACUUGCCAUGCCGGCAAUCCCUGAUUACCGAAUGCAAAUGCAUCACGGUUUCGCUGGCAAUGUUGGUGCCAGGGCCGUUUGUCGUUCUCCCAACCCUAAUUGUUCUCCAGGUGGUCCUGCAGCGUGUCGGGUUAGAUGAGAAAUGUUACAUGUUUGUGUUCUCUGUGUUUUAUUGUGUUCAAAGUGAUGUAAUUUGCUUGCUAAAACAUGGGUGCAAUCUGCCACUUGGUGUAAAUGGUAAUGAUGAUCCCACUGAGCCUGUUGUCAAUUAUUUUGGUGCUGACAAUGCUUAUUUUCAAUAUUGUGUGGGCUUCUUUGUUAGUUGAAAUUA